AACACGCCAGCACAGCCCGCCACUCACCCAGUUCCUCCACUCGACUUUCUCUGGUGGGUGAAGGUGCAUUGGCACAUCAUUGGAUUCCCGCCCUCUUGUCUCUCAGCUUGUCUCUCUCCCUUUUCUCUCUCAAGGAUCAGGUUGUAGGUCUCGAGCUCGCUCGCUGUUGCUGCAUCUUGUAUUCAUCACACUCUCCCGACCACCUGCCACAGCUCGACCAGUUGAAUAGGCUGCUGCCAGCGAGACAGGCAGGCAAGAGAGGCGAGCAAGACGCAGGUGUGCAUGUACGACAGCCUUCCAGCCAACCAAACACUUUGAGCGCAUCCAGACAAAGGAUGCCUGCAUCUGAAUUGCAAGGCAGCCGCUGUAUGCCAUGUAGCAAGAGCAUGGAAAGAAGAUUAUGCCAGCGUUGCUGCCACGCCGCUGUUCGAACGCUGCUGCUUGCUGUGCUUUGUGGGCUGCUCUACCACCGUGCUGUCGUGGCAGCGUUGCACCUGGAGCUCAAGGCAUUGCCAUGGACACAGCGGAUGGACCGAGCCAGCGGUGGUGAUGAGAGCUUCGUGGCAUACGUGGCCGAAGCCUAUGUCGGCACGCCUCCACAACGCAAGCGCCUUGUUGUGGAUACGGGGUCCUCCGCCCUUGCCAUGACACCGAUUACAGGGUCUAGUACCUUGAAUGUAACGACACAAAGGGACAGCAUCCGCUACGACAAAGGGUCCUGGGUUGGAGUGGUGUCUGAGGACGUGGUGCAGUUUGGAGACACGAGGUUGCGCGCACGCUUCACCACAAUCACGGAAUCUGCAGACCUGUUUCACGAUGUGGGCGCCCACGACGGCAUCUGGGGUCUCCUGUACAACCCGAGGCGGACCAGUAUGCAUGCAUUUGCCCAGCAGGACAAUGACCAAUCUUCGCCGUCCCCGCCACAGGCACAGCAACAGCAGCAGCAGCAUCACGAAGACACCCACAACAAGGCCAGCGACAAGGCCAGCAACAACUCACCAACACAGCAGGAGUCCACCUCCUCCAGAACCCCUGACUUUGCGCUUGCGCUGUGUGGUGCGCAAGGUGAUCUGUGGCUGGCCACGGAGAAAGCACACCACAUCUCCCGGCGCGAAUGGCAGCGCUCCGGUGUCGACAUGCACUACAUGCGCCUUGUAGCCGACGGUAUCUAUCUCGCCGCUCGAUUCAGCGGCGUCACCAUCCUCACACCCAUGGGCGCACACGCGCACGCCACGGGGGCCCAGCACUCGCACGCUGCUGCUGAUCGCGCCAGCCGCUAUCACAGCAGCAGCCACCGACGCGCCUCGCGCCAUCGCGUGCGCUCAGGCGGCGUGGAGACCAGGCCUUUGGAGUGGGACGACAACGUUGAUGUGUUCAGUGCAAACCACGCCACCGUCGCCAUUUUUGACACGGGUACCACGUUUCUGCUGUUGCCGGCAGACCUGUACAAGCGGGUGAUUAACGGGCUCAGGCGCCACUUUGAUCUUCAUGGCCUCUCCAUCCCCAGCAGUGUGUGGAAUGGGUACUGCGCAUCGUUGGAUCCAACACAAUGGCCACCGCUCGCCAUCCAUCUGAAAGGGUACACCAUCACCGUGUCCGGACAUCAAUAUCUCAACCAGCAGGGCAGGGGUAUCUUCUGCCUCGGCCUUGGCGUAUCCUCCUCCUCCCAUCGCGUCAUCCUGGGGGCUGCGGUGCUGCAGGGCCUGGUCCUCCACUUUGAUGUGGAACACAACCGCGUCGGCAUCGCACACCAGAAACCAGUCCUGCCCCUGAGCUCGCCCGAGUACGCCGCCUUCGACAGCGCCCCCAUUCCCUCGCUGCUUGCGCGCCACAACACCAAUAACCCCGUGGUGAAUGGGCCAGCACUCACCAAGGCGGCUGGCCUGCCACAGCACUACCCACGCCAGCAGCAGCCGAAAGUCGGCCACCCUGGCCACCUCACACCACAGGGGCGCAGGCACGGGCGCACACAGCAGCACAAUGCGGAGGGCCCCGUUGGGCACGAGCACGCGAAGCACCACCAGUCUCGACAGCAGCAGCGUAUGCUCGAGCGCGGGUUUGUCACCACGUCGGCGACGGCGACGGUGACGGCGACGGCAACAGGGCUGCCCGGCGCAGACAAUGAUGCCCUGCUUCCACAGCCGGCCGAGGAGAUGUUGCGGCAGCUGCGAGAGCACAGGAGCACACCUGUCCCGAGCUGGGUGCAGGACCCGGCAUCAACCACAGCACCGACUGUGCUGUCAACCACGCCACCGGGUGGCAGUGUCCCUACGACGGAGACGCGCCCCAGCGAACACCAGAGCAGAAAUAGCAGCAGCAGCAGAAGUCGUAACAGCAGUGGCAGCGGUGGUGGCAACAGCAAUGACGACAGCAUUGACGGCAGGGGUGGCAGUGUGAUCGGGCGUGGGCGCUGGCACACAUGCAUGUCGCCUUCGUCGGACUGGCGUCCGCAGCUUCCCCUGGGUGCGUCUGUGGCUGACGUGUGCGCGCUGCUGCGUGAAGGCGGCAGUCAUCAUGCUGACACGGAUGCCGUCUAUGGCCAGCUAUGUGUUUCCUCUUGCUCCAAGUGCGCUGCUGCCCGACGGUCUUGGUGCCAACGCCCUGCUCUUGAGGUGUGGAUCGGUGGCCGAAUCUCCGUGGUCGCGUUUGGGAAGCAUGCUGAGGGCGCGGAUGAUAUUGGGCUUUGCUGGGACCUGUCCUUGCUGCGCGCGCUUGGCAUUGGAGAGGCAGACAACGUGCCGCUUGUCUUCCUUCCUGGUCAUGGCUGGGCGUCAUUGCGGUUGCACUGCGCAGACACUGUGCUUUAUCAUGGCCAGUGCAGCCUGCCUGCGACGCUGGCCUCCCCGCUGUGUAUGCUCGUGACGUGGCUUGGCCUCUUCCUUGUCCUUGUCGUGGCGUACGAGCUCCUGAGCGCCGUCCACGUGUGGUGCGUUGCUUCGCCACAAACGCGUAAUGACCAUAGUGGCCCCAUGUGCGUGGGUCUGCCGCUCAGAGAGCAGCAUACCAGCGACUCGGGCAGUGCUGACAACAGCAGUCGCGCCGUUGAGGCGGACGAUGAUGCUUGCAAGGGUGCACAUGCGUCAGGACGCAAGGCUCUUUAUGACUCGGAGGCUGUCACCUUCAUGUGUGCUGUGUGAUGUUGUGACAUGUG